GGUGGCUGCACGAGACCCCCGCGCGGUCCCUCCUGCGGCGGCCUGCUCGGUGAAAGGAACCGCAGGCCAGGGAGCCGAAACCAUGAGCAGUACUGCGUCGGGGCCCGACUGUUGUGGAGGCCUGGGCAAUAUCAACUAUAGAAAGGCAGAUCUCUGCGUCAUGACCUGGCUGCUGCACUACGUGGAUCCUUUGGAUUCCAGCUUUGGGGCAGCCGUCCUCACCAUCGCUUUUAAUCCAUUUUUCUGGAAUGUGGUUGCAAGAUGGGAGCAGAGAACCCGCAAACUGAGCAGCACCUUCAGAUCCCCACACUUGGCGUGCUACUCUCUGGGUGGCGUUAUUCUGCUGCUGAAUGUCUUACGUUCACACUGCUUUACACAGGCCAUGCUGAGCCAGCCCAAGAUGGAGGGCCUGGAUAACCCUACCACCUACUGCCUGGGCAUUGCACUCCUGAGUGUGGGCACCAUGUUUGUGCUUUCCAGUUUCUUCGCACUGGGGUUCACUGGAACCUUCCUAGGUGAUUAUUUCGGGAUCCUCAAGGAGGCCAGAGUGACCACAUUCCCCUUCAGCAUCGCAGACAACCCCAUGUACUGGGGAAGCACAGCCAACUACCUGGGCUGGGCCCUCAUCAACCCAGCCCUGCAGGAGCCAUGGAAUCAGAGGUAACUAUAGAAAUAGAUGGGUGGGCAGUAGCUAUUUCUGGAAUCCUGAGGCAGAUGUGCUCAGGCUUCUCGGUGCUAUCUCUAAUAAGCUCCCCAUGCUCAUUGGCACAGCAAGGUCAGAGGCUGGUCACCAGCAGAGAGCUCGUGACAGACACUGUCCAGCCCUGGGUCUGCGGAACAGUCUGCCCGGGUUGCCUGUCCUCUGGGAGGGGCUCCCAGGGUGUGCCUGGAGCCCACAAUGAAGAAGUGGCUGUGCAGACCCAUGUAUGACACUCUUGUCAUCCCCCAACCCCCAGGCCCUACAGCCAGAGCUUCCCAGGGUGAUGACUGUGGGGCUGCCUCGUGAGCAGGGGCCAGGACUCAGGUGGCAGCACCUCCUUCCUCCCUCUUUUCCUUUCUUCUUCUCUUCCUUUCUCCUUCCUCCCUCCUUCCUGAUUCCCUCCUGCUGUCCUGAGUUCCGGGCUGGGGGCCGAGAUGAGGAAGGAAGGAGCAGCCCCAUCUUGGGGGAACCCAGCAAGCCAGGUGGGCAGACCAGGAGACACGCACCCCGGUUCUUGCUAGAAAGCUGGACUUGAGAAGCGGGACAACCUGGCCCAGCCCAUUCCAUCCGGUGGCCCAUCGUCAGCCCGAGGGCCCACGGUGGCGGCAGGAAGGGCUGGGUCCCGCUGACUUGGGCUUGUCU